AUGACUCAUUUUUCAGAUUUUUCAUUCCUUGCCCGAGCAGUUUCAGAUUUUUGUGUAUUAGUGUGGUCAUUAAUGCACAUAUAUAAUAUUGACAAAUUUGAAGCAUUACGAUGGAAAACUAUAAAAAGAAAAGAAGUUAAAUCCAUAAUGACGAUAUUAUUCCUACUUUCAGUAACAUCAUUAUUAAUUUAUGAUAUCAUCUGUACGAAAAUAAAAUAUACGGAAGGUUUCAUUGUUGAUCCAUUGACAAAAACUAUUAUCGGUAAACCAGCAGAAGAAUGGUCACCAGAAAAUAAAAGAUUAAGACAUAUUGCAAAUCGUUUACUUAUGCUUUUUUAUGCUAUGGAAAAUUCUGCAGUAUUUUUAUUACAAAAUUUUUGGAAUUAUUUGACCAAUAAAAUAGUUAAAGCACAAUUUAUUACUACUUGGCAAUUUCGUAUAAAUUAUGCUUUUAUCUUUAUUACUUUUGUUGUGUUUAAUGGUCUUCCUUUCUUUUUUGAAGAUGAUACUGAUGAUAAAUUGGAUUAUUCUGACAUUGAAGAAGUAAAAAAAGCACUUAAAAAACAUACUUACGGAGAGGUCAUUCCAGAACUAGCAGCAGCUUCUUGUAAUUUGGUCGUUUUAGCUUACGCUUUAAUGGCUCACUAUAAAUUCUCUACCCUUAUUAAACAAAAUAGUAAAAAUUAUAUAGUGGAUCGUUUAAAAUAUUAUAAACAUAUGAAUUUUUUAUUAAUUUUAAUUGUGGCUUUUGGUGCUGGUUUAAUGUUUACUUUUUGCAUUGAUGGUCUGAGUGAACGACAAUAUUUAAAUAGAAAUAAAUUUACUGCCGAUUUAUUUGCUGGAAUAGUGAAUUUUUUCAUGGCUACUUUUUGGAUCGUUUGGUUGAUGAUAUUUUAUCCACGACUCGUUCCAACGUACAGUGGCAAACAAUAUAAUGACUUCUCCUCCAAAUUAUCAUCUCCAUUAACUUCACCAACUUCCGAUUCCCAUAGUCUUCGUAAAGAUAAUUCUAGUCAUAAAAAAUCUCUUAGUGUUAAACGUAUUGAAAUUAAAAUUGAUUCUACUACAACGAUGAAUACCGAUCAAGUGACUUACAGAAACGAAUAUAAUAAUAAUAUUAAUGGUUAUAAUAAUGAAAGAUAUAAUAACAUACAAACCGAUGGUUAUAUACAAUUACCUUCACCUUUGGCUACCAAUAACAAACAAAUUAUUUCAUAUACCGGUUCCCCAAGGAGAUAUGAUCAUUUUAUUUAA